AUGGUUGAACUAGCUCCUCCGGAAAAUAAGAUUAAUUCCAACUUAGACAAUGGAAUUGAAAUAAAUAUAGCUAAGAAGGCCCGUCAUGUUGGUUCUGAUUUGGGUAAAGAUAGAAGACAUCCUAAUAAAAGUGAGAAGAAACAUGAGAAAAUCAGUAAUAGUGAGGCAUCUAGAAUUAUAGGAGGUGCUGAUGUGAGAUCUUCCGCAUCUCGAAAACAGAAUAAUGACAUCGAAUUUAAUGCUUUAUCAGAUGCUGACUCAGAUUCAGAAGUUCAAUCUGAGGAAUCUGUGGAUGAUGUUGCGGAAUCUCUUGAAUCGUAUAGUGGUGAGUCCAUCUGUUCCAAUGCCAAUAGCGAUGUUAAUAGUGAAGAACUUGAAUUGCAUCCUUUUGAAUCUCACAAAAUAUUCUCUUUUCAAUUACCGUUUGGUGGUAAAAGUAAUACUUCUACAAUGUCGAAACUGAAGUCAAUAUUAACCACUCCUCUUCCAGAGUUUGGAGAAAGCAGCGAAUUGCAAGUGAGGAAAGCAAGAGUCAAGGAAAAAUUAAGAAGACAAGAAUCCAUUUCAACAAUUGAAGAGCAGAUAUUAUUCAGAGAUGCAAAGGGGAUGGGUAAUGUCAGAUCAAUGGCAAUUAAAGAAUCACUACACAUGGGGUCGCUCAAGAACACUAUUAGAACAAUUUCAAAUGAUUUUCAUAGAAUUACAGGUGAUACUUCUGUACCCGAACUAGAUAGAAUAGAGACUAUUUUUGAUGAAUUAGAAGGAGAUCUAGUCAUUAUGGGCGGUUAUAGAGGAAGCAUAUUGAGAGAUAAAAAGACUGGAAGAAGAGUUUGGAUUCCAAUUAAAACAGCAUUAAACUUACGUGAAGAAGAUUUAUUAAUUGGGCCAACUAAAAAUGACGAAAUGCAAGAGGAGGACAAAAUUAAACCUGAUGACAUGUUAAAGAAUGUUGGUCCAAUCGACGUAUCGAGGAAAUUAAUUAAAAGACUUCGAAGCAGCGGGAAACUUCAUGUAGAAGAAUUCGGAUAUGAUUGGAGGCUAUCACUUGACAUACCGGCAAAACAUCUAUUAGAUAAAUUACAAUCUUUAUAUGAUACACAAGUAGAGAAGAAGGGUGUUUACAUUGUAGCUCAUUCAAUGGGUGGUAUGGUAACACAUAAAGUUUUACAAACACAUACUCAUUUAAUUAGAGGGGUAAUAUAUGUCGGAUGUCCUAGUCAAUGUCCUAAUAUAUUAGGUCCUAUUCGAUUUGGUGAUGAAGUAAUGAUUAAUAAAAAGAUAUUAAGCCCCGAAGCAAAUUUCUUCAUGAGAAGUAGUUUUUCGUUCUUACCAAUUGAUGGACGUUGUUUUGUAGAUAAGAAACAGAAAAAGAGAUACGACCUAGAUUUCUUUGAUCCCGAUGUAUGGGUGGAACUUGGUUUAUCCCCAUUAGUAAAUAAAAAGAGAAAAGAAUAUUUCGGUGAACUAAAAUCUACCGAAUCUGUAACUUCUUUAACUGGCUUCAAUACGUAUUUGAGUGGAUCUCAAAAACUUAUUCAAACAUUGAAUCCUAUGAAAUUACUAAAGUCAGUGACUUCUUCUGAGGAUCUUGUUGAAGAUAUACAAGAAGAAUCGUUUGAAUUCAAGACUUCAUAUGAAGAUAGCUAUUCUUAUUUGAAGAGAACUCUCGCAGAGACAAAGGACUUUUUAAAUAGUUUAAAUUAUAUUCCAGAGAAGAAAUAUCCUCCUUUAGCCAUAGUGUAUGGUAACAAGGUUCCGACAGUCCGUGGAGCAAAAGUGAAUGGUUUAGAUGAUAUUAAAGAAGGCCGUUAUUUUGAUUUUUAUUAUGGGCCGGGUGAUGGUGUAGUUCAUCACAAAUGGCUUCUUCCUGAAAGAAGAGGCUUUCCUGUUGACGCUAAGAUUCCUUCAAGAGCAGGUCAUGUUAGUUUAAUGACAGAUAUGAAAGCAAUGGGUAAAGCUUUUAUUGCACUAGUAGACAACGAAAAGGUAGCAAAAAAACAUAAAUAA